AUGCACGCUGAAAAGUGCAGAAGUAGAGAUGAUAGUGACGAGUUUUUAAAAAUAAAAAGGAAAAAAGAUAGAAACAAAAAUAUUGACUUCAAAAAAAUAAAAAAGAAUGAAUAUAUAUGUGUUGAAGUUCCUGGUAAAAUAAAGAAGGGAGGUAGUGGGUUGUCUGCGGUGGAAAGUUUAGGGGGGUUAAAUAAAAUAACAGAUAUUUUUUAUUAUCACAAAAACAGUUAUCAGUAUGAUGAAUCGUUAGUUUUGCGUAUUAAUAACAAUGAUGUGUUUUCAUCUUUUAUAUUAGCAAAUUGGACAAAGGUUAAUAACGUUUUAAUUAAAAUUAAAAGAACAAAAAAAAAUCGUUAUAAAUUUGAAUUUCUUGGAUUUGUUAAAUAUUUGUACUAUUUUGAUAAUAUGAGUGAUUUUUAUUAUAUACCUACAUUUUAUAAUAGACAUAACUAUAAUAGUAAUUAUAUACAUUAUUUAACGAAAGGUCGCGAAAAUGCGAAAAAAAAAGAAAAGGAAAAGGAAAAGGAAAAAGAUAAUGAAAAGGAAAAGGAAAAAGAUAAUGAAAAUAAACAUAAAUAUAAACAUAAAAAUAAAAAUCCAAAUCAAAAUCCAAAUCAAAAUCAUUAUAACAUUAAUUAUAGGAAUAAUGACAAUAUUAACACUUGUAAAGAAAAUUAUAUUGCUUAUGUUACGGAAAAUAUAAAUUUUUCCCCUUUUCACCUCAACGGUGAAGAAUACACAACUGGAAGCUUAUCGCAUUUAGACCAUAAGAAUCACCACAAAGAAGGUAAGCAUUUUAUCAGUAAUUUUCCAGACUGUAGUAGUUAUGUAUUUAAUAAAGGAAAAGAAAGAAUUAUAGCGAAUUGUACAUCACAUCAUUUGAACAUGACGAAUCGUAAUAUGCAAACGAACGCGUUCGUUUUUAACAAUAAUAAGGAUAUGCAAAGCGGAAUAUCUUCGUACAAUUGGGCGUCCCCAAAUAAGGCUAUCAUUUAUGUUGUUGAUAACAAAAAAAAAAAAAUAAAAAAUAAUAAUAAUAAUAAUAAUAAUAAUAAUAAUAAUAAUAAUAGCAAUAAUAAUAAUAAUAAUAGCAAUGGAGAUAGUGAUAGUAGAAAUGAUAACCGUGGAUAUGAUAGUAAUUGUAACAGUGAUGGUAACUGUAGUGUUAACGGUGCUAUCGGGCUGUGUGAAAGUAAAUAUAAUGUAAGUGCACAUCCCUUUGAUUAUUCUACUCUAUGUCGUUAUAUAUCAUCGCCAGAGGAUCAGACAGAUUACUAUUUUUCAGAUGUAGAAGAAAAUGAGUUAUAUAAAAAAAUAGUAGGGACUAAAACUAAUUUUAAUAUGUUUGAUGAUGAUAAAAAAGAUAUUGAUUUCUCUUCAGAUGAAAGCGAAGGCUAUGAAUUACUUUGUUGCAUUCACAGCAAAGUAACAACUCCUUAUGAUUAUAAAAAUUAUAAAUCGACAAUUACAAGCAAAUACUUAAGGGAAUAUAAAUAUUUAAUAAGUAAAUUUACUUCUCCAAUUGACUCCAAAGUUGAAGUAAAAAAAGGGGAAAUGGAAAAGUUUAUUAAAGAAUUAAUAAUAACUAAAAAUCGAAAAGAUCCUUCAAGUAGUAAUACCAAAUCACUUACUACUGAGCUGGCAAAAAAGACUAAUUCAAAUAGUUAUACUGAACUGUUGAACGGUAUUAACGAAAUUAAUUUAAUUGAAGAUAGUUCAUGUAUUUAUAUGGAUUCAUAUUUGCAUGAUGAACAUGGCAAGGAAGCUGAAAGUCACGAUACUGAUAAUGAGCAGCAGAAGCAGAAGCAGAAGCAAACGCAAAAGCAAGAAGUCGAUGAAGAAGACUACAACAGUGAAGGGGAGGGGGAGAAGGAGGAGAAUAAUAUAUUUCAAAAAAAUAAAUUCCAUUAUAACUACAAUAUGAGUGAAGAAAAAAACGAAUCUAGAAGUGUUAACAUGAACAUGGAUCUUUUAAGCAAACAUAGUAAUAAAAUUAUAGUAAGCAGAAAAACAGUGCACUGUAAUCCUAUAGCAAAAUUUGACGAUACUAUACUCCCUCUCAUUCCAUAUGACUCUGCAUUAAAAAAAUAUGUUUCUGACGAAUUGUAUAAUAGAGUAAAAUUACUUUUUGAUAUUAGACCUAUAUGGUCAAAAGAAGUCCUAGUAGAACAUCUUGAGAACAUAAGUACAUAUUGUCUAAAAAGCUGUUUUUCAAAAAUUUGCUUUUAUUUUUCCGAUGGUCCGUGGAGACGUACUUACUGUAAAUAUGGUUAUGAUCCCCGUAAAGAUUCUUCAAGUUAUAUAUAUCAAACAAUAGAUUUUAGAGAUAAUUUUUAUAGAGAUAUAAAAACAAAAAGUUUGGAUCAAGUAAACCGGAGUAUCAUAAAAAAAAGAGAUCAUCUGAAUGCGUUUGUUACUAACAUAAUUAAAAACAUUAAUAAUAAUAAUAAAGAUAGCCUGAUGAUGAGACAUGAAAAUGAUGAUAAUACAAAGAAAAACAAACAUCUUCAAAUAAAAAAAGAAAUUCACAAUGAAGAUAAUUAUAAGAGACAUUAUAACACAUAUUCUGAAUAUUCAUCAGAACGUUAUGAAAUUCAUAAUAACAGCAAUAAAACAGAAAAUUGUAAUGACUUUAAGAAUACUAUCUCCACAAGUACAAGUAAUAUAAAUUCGGUAAAACACAAGGUAGAUAUAUAUUCAAAUAAUAACUCUUUAAAUGAUGUAUGUCUCCUUGAAAAGGAUGAAGAAAUUAAUGAUAUAUUACAAUUUUUAAAAAGAUCAAAUACUUUUCAUCUUAGAGAAAACUUUUCGUCGGAAAUACAUUUUUCAGUAAGUCCACUAAAGCUAUCAACAAUAUAUCAGUACAUAGAUAUAUUUGAUAACAAUGUUUUAAAUUACUUGUUAAACGUUAAAACUCAGGAAAUAUGUACAAAGGAUAAUGGAUGGCUUGAUAGUAAAGAUAUAACUAAGAUUCGAGAUAUAUUAUUUGUUAGAUCGAUCGCCUUAAGGCGGGCCCAUUCCAAGUGA